AUGUACGACGCAGGUCGUCGUUCUUCGGAACAACGAGCAGCCAUGAUCAAAGUCGCAGUUGUCGGCACGAACGGGCUAGCACAGUACAUUGUAAACUGUCUAGCAACUCAGACCUCACAUCAAUUUGUGAUCUUGUCUCGGAGGCCUAGUCCGGGACUCAGUGCGAAGGGAUGGCAGGUAUUGCAGGUGGACUAUUCCAAUGCUGCCGACCUCAGGUUCAAAUUAGCUGGGGUUGACACUGUCAUCUCAACCAUUUCGGGGAACCCACAGCUCUCCUUGAUCGAUGCUGCGGCUGCGGCACACGUUCGACGAUUCGUGCCUUCAGAGUUUGGAGGACCACCCUCUCUACGCCCUCAAAAUGACCUCCUGGAUCAAGGUCGUCGGGCAGCCAUCCUCCGACUUCACCAACACGAGGCUUCCGGGAUGAGGUUUACAAUAUUUACCUGUGGUGUCUUGUAUGAAAGAUUCGGCCCAGGGGGUAUGGCUGCGUCUCAGAUCGGCCUGCAUAGUCAUAUCGCUCGAGAAGGGGAGUACUUGAUGGACUUCCGACGCAGGAGGGCACAAAUCCCCUAUUCAGGUAAUUCAGGCCAGCCUGCAAUGGUGUGCUUGACAUCGGCACAUGACGUCGCCAGGUUCAUUGUUGCCGCGUUGGAUCUUCCUUCGUGGCCACGGGAGUUCAGACUCAGAGGAGAGAGGAUGAGUGUCCGAGACAUUGUUGCCGUUGCCGAGGCUGUCCAAGGUCGCUCAUUCGAGGUUUCUGCCGUCACGAGGUCCUCACUGCAAGAUUCACUGACAUAUGCCCGGGCGGUGGGCGACCGUGCUCGCGAAGGUCGGUUGCACCACCUCCUUGUCACUGCGGAGAACCGCUAUGAUUUUGUCAAUACAAACCUCAACCAGCUGGUCUCUAUACACCCCGAGAGGUUUCGUGAUUACCUGAUCAGGGUGUGGUCUUCGGCGACUUGAGUUCUCGUCAAAAAAUGACGUUUGCCGUGGUUGAUAUUCGAAAAGGGUGGAUUGAGUCUGGGAUGCAAACAUGGCUUGAUGUGGUUCGCACAAGACAAGAAGACAGAGGAAGUUGACGUUCAUGUCCAGGUUUAGGCACGGGACAGCAGGGACAUGAGAACGCGAUACAACAUCGAAAGACUUGGUGUUAUUCAGGGGGUGUUAUUUCGACGUCAACUUUCGGGCCAUACCUCGCCGCCUCGACCCAACAUCAGCGCACGGAGAAGUCUUCCACGUCUGGCUCUGCUACGAAUAGAAUCACACAAAUGUCGACACGGGAUUUGUCAGCUUUUUAUACUCCGUAUUGUUACACAAUCACCGAAUCUCUUCUCUCCAU